AUGGAUCUUAUUUCCCAAAAUGAAGUUGAUUUUUAUGUGGACACAAAAGGAGUCUUUCAAGAUUUACACCAACUCGACAAUCUUUGUCUAGCGGGUUCAUCUUUUCAUCCGGAUUAUGCAACCCAUGUUGAGGGUUAUGACCCGUUUGGGCCAUUGUCAUAUGGGUUAGGUUCAAAUGAUCUUGAACUGUAUCAGUUUAAACCUCUUGAACAUGUAAAUGAUGUUGAAAUGGUGAUGAAUUUAAAUAAUUGUGACAAAAGCUUCACGGGUUGGGAUUUUUCGAACCGUUUGGAAUGCCCGAUUCAAGAUCCGAAACCCAUGAGAUUCUUUGUGUCAGAUGAAGGAUCAUGUGUCACUGCUGACAAUGGAAUCGAGAAAGGUAACAGAAAGACGUAUAAAGGGAAAAAUACGACAAAUUCAUCCAAAGGACAAUGGACUAGAGAAGAAGACAGGAUUUUAAAGGAAAUGGUGGAGAAAUAUGGGGUGAGAAAAUGGUCAUAUAUCGCUCAGAAGUUGAAAGGAAGGAUUGGAAAACAAUGCAGGGAGCGAUGGCACAAUCAUCUUCGACCUGACAUCAAGGAUUUUUGGACAGAGGAAGAAGAUCGAAUAUUGAUUGCAGCACACGCAGAGGUGGGAAACAAAUGGUCAGAAAUAGCAAAGAAACUUCCAGGAAGAACUGAAAACUCAACUAAAAACCAUUGGAACGCAACAAAGAGAAGGCAAUACACGAAGCGAAAAUGUCGAUCAAAAUGGCCAAGGCCAAGCCCUAUUUUGCAAAACUACAUAAAGAGCUUGAAUUUACCAAGGGGAAGAAUGAAUUCAAAUCAUAGUAAUCUCGGGGAUGAUUUUGAUUACAACGAGGUCCCGGAAUUCGCCAUGGAUGAGAAGUUGCUUGAAUGGGAUAAUGAUAUCGACUCAUUGCUUGAUGAUUUACCUUCCAACUGUAACAAUGGUGGUGAGGAGGUGGAUUCGUAUUUGCAAGGUGAUGUGAAGAAGGAAAUUGAUUUGAUGGAGAUGAUUUCGCAGGUGAAUCUUUAA